AUGGUUGACCCUGUUUGGGAGCAUGGAGAAACAAGGGGAGCGGGUUUCAAGUGCAAGUAUUGUGGCACAUCAAAGAGCGGUGGAGGGGCAACACGGUUCAAGGACCACUUGGCACAUAGAGGUCAUGAUGUUAUUGAUUGCCCUUCGGUUCCCCCCGCGGUGAAGAACUUUUUCAUUAGCGAGUUGGACAUGAUAAAGGCGAAGAAGUAUGAAAGACAGCAAGAUAGGCGUAGGAGAGAUGCUGCAGCUCGAAGUACUCAAUAUGUUGACUUGGAAGGUGGGGAAGAAGAAGAAGAGCAGGAUGAUGAGUUGCAACAAGCUUUGAGACAUUCACGGGAAGAGUAUGAGUUUAGGCAAAGGGCUGGUCCAAGUUAUGAGAGGGGUGGUGGUUCUGGAUCAGGCCAGGAGAUAACAAUUGUUCUGAACGAUAUAGGGCCAGAAGAUGUGAUUCAGAUAGUCACUGAUAAUGGCAUCAACUUUAAGAAGGCUUGCAAGCUGUUGGCAGAGGAGUACCCUCACAUUGUGUGGCAGCCAUGCCUUGCCCACACGAUCAACCUCAUUCUCAAGGAUAUUGGAAAGUGGGAUGAUCACACGGCCAUGAUUCAGAGUGCCCAAUAUAUUUGUCAAUGGUUAUACAAUUCUAAUAGUGUGCACUCCAUGUUUACGAGUGCCACUGGUGGGGAGCUAGUUAAAUGGAAUGCAACAAGAUUUGGCACUAACUAUAUGUUUCUGGAGAGUUUUAUGAAGAAGAAAGAUCAAUUUAUGGUAUGGAUGAUGUCAACUGAAUAUAGAUCAUCACGCCACUACAAGACUGAAGCAGGCAAGUAUGCAUUCGAUUGCAUGACCUCUGUUCAGUGGUGGGCAAACAUGCAGUAUGUUAUUAAUGAUGUGGAGCCUCUCUAUUCUUUUUUACGAUUUGCUGAUCAAGACAAGACUCCAACUUUGGGUGAAGUUCUUAUGGAGUACGGCAGCCUCAAGCAUUCAUAUCGUAGCCGGUUCCAUUCAGAUAUGGCAAGGUGUGACAGGAUCAUGGAAAUUGUUGACAGAAGGUUGGCUAGUGUGUUCGAAGAAAAUGUCUUUGGAGACCUUCGAAAAGGGCUGGAGAGACUUUUUGACAUCGACAGAGCAGCACGUGCACUACAAGAGUAUGAGCUCUUUCGUCAAAAACUUGGAGAAUUCUCAUCUGACCUUACUGCGAGGAUGGCAAAAGAUAGAGGCACUUCUCCAGCUAGUUGGUGGGCUAUGUUUGGUUCAGAAACACCACAUCUUCAGAUAGCAGCUAAGCGACUACUCUCUCAAUGCGCAUCAUCAAGUGGAUGUGAAAGGAAUUGA